AUGGCCGUGGGCGCAAACAUCAGCGUAUUGAGCAAUUUCCUCCUUUCGGGCUUUUCAGAUUAUCCACCACUCCGAGCUGUGCUCUUCGUGCUGUUUCUGGGAAUCUACCUCCUGACUCUGGCUGGAAACCUGAGUCUCAGUGCUCUGAUCAGAAUGGACUCACACCUCCACUCCCCCAUGUAUUUCUUCCUUGGGAACUUGUCCUUUGUUGACAUUGUUUACACUUCCUCCAUAGCCCCAAGGAUGCUCUGUGACUUUUUCCGGAAGCAGAAGGUCAUCUCCUUCGUGGGCUGUGUCACUCAGUGUUUCUUCUUCAUCGGGAUGGGAGGCACGGAGUGCUGCCUCCUGGCAGCCAUGGCCUACGACCGCUAUGCUGCCAUCUCUCACCCGCUGCUCUACCCGACUCUCAUGUCACCCACCGUCUGUGUGAGGAUGGCCACAGCGGCCUAUGCAGGAGGAUUCCUCACUGGCUUGGUCCAAACCACCUCCACCUUCCAGCUCCAUUUCUGUGGGUCACGAAUCAUUCACCACUUUUUCUGUGACCUACCAUCCUUGUUGGAUUUGUCUUGUUCCAGUACCUUCCUCAACCAGGUGGUGAACUUUCUUGUUGUAUGUGCAGUUGGGGGGACAUCGGCUCUUGUGGUCUUGGUUUCCUAUGGCUACAUCAUCACGGCUGUCAUAAGGAUCCAUUCCACCUGCGGACGGAUGAAGGCUUUCAACACGUGUGCCUCUCAUCUCAGCACAGUGAUUCUCUUCUACGGCUCCGGUCUCUUCUCAUACCUCCAUUCGAGUCCUGGCUAUUCAAGAGACAAGGAUAAGGUUGUGUCCCUGUUCUAUGGGGCUGUGAUCCCCAUGUUGAAUCCCAUCAUCUACAGUCUGAGAAACAAGGAUAUCCAAGAAGCGCUGAAAAAACUCAAGGAGAACAAGAAACAGAUGUCUCCUCUGUGCCUUGUAGUCCCUUAA